AAGGCGCGACCAUGUGCGCGGAGCUCGGCGGAAAGCUGCUGCUGGCCCCGGCGCUGCUGCUGGCCCUGCUGCUGGCCAGCGCCCGGGCGGCCGCGGGCACUGAGGCCACGCACCCGCCGGAGGGGCCGCAGGACAGGACCCCGCAGCAGAAGGGGCGCCUGUCCCUGCAGAACACAGCUGAAAUCCAGCACUGCCUGGUCAAUGCUGGCGAUGUGGGAUGUGGCGUGUUUGAAUGCUUUGAGAACAAUUCUUGCGAGAUCCGAGGCUUACACGAGAUCUGCAUGACAUUCCUGCACAACGCUGGAAAAUUCGAUGCCCAGGGAAAAUCCUUCAUUAAAGACGCUCUGAAGUGUAAGGCUCAUGCCUUGAGGCAUAAAUUCAGCUGCAUCAGCCGUAAGUGCCCUGCCAUUAAAGAGAUGGUGUUCCAGUUACAGCGGGAGUGCUACCUGAAGCAUGACCUCUGCUCUGCUGCCAAGGAGAACGUCCAGGUCAUUGUGGAGAUGAUUCACUUCAAAGACCUGCUGCAGCAUGAGCCUUACGUUGACCUAGUGAACAUCCUGCUCACCUGCGGCGAGGAGGUGAAAAAGGCAAUAACGAGGAGCGUCCAGGCCCAGUGUGAACAGAACUGGGGAAGCCUCUGCUCCAUCCUGAGCUUCUGCACCUCGGCCGCGCACGGGGACGCCGUCCUGGGAGCCGACAGGAAGGUGGGGGAAGGCAGCAGGGCCGCUGCUGGCCGUGGGGACAUGGUGGCCCACGCUGACCCCGAGCACAGGGAGAGCCCACGAGCAGCCAAGGCAGAGAGAGGUACCAAGGGCCACUCCAACGCCCGGGUCAAAGCUGGGGGCCACGCUCCCAAAGGGGCCCACGGCAUCCUGGACCGGGCAGACGAACUGUCCGACUUCUCCGACAUCCGGAGGUGAAAAGAGGCACCAGCUCCCCCUUCCCCUCCCCGAAACCUCCUCCCUUGAGUUCCAUCCUCCUGUCUAUGGACAUUCCAAAGCAUUUCCCAUUCAGAGGUCAAGCACAGGGCAUUGCAAGAUAUCUAUGGACCUCGGCAUCAGUGUGUAUAUAGUAGCAAAGGGAGAGCAGUGGCAAUGGGUUAUUGAUCCAGCAAACUCGGCGCUCGGGUGGCAAAAUGUCUCCAGCUAAAUUCUUUCCCCCUUUUUUUUUUUUUUUCUAUGAAAUGGACAUCAUCUGAAAUUUAGGAUCUUGUUGGGUUGGGUUUGGUUUUGGGGUUUUUGGUUGUUUUUUUUUUUUUUUCUUUUGGGUUUUUUUUCCCCUUUGGUCUCCUUGGCAGGGGAGAAGGUUCCAAGCAGGCUCUGCCAGGCUGCAUGUGGCUGCUUGUGGCUUAGCACCUCCAAAGGUUCAGGGCACAGCCUCACAGCAGAUGGCUGAAUUCCAGGGGGAUUUGGUUUCUGCCUGUGGCUGGGAAUGCCAGAGCUCAGAGCUCUCUGUGUGAAGCUCUCUAAUGAAGGAGCUGCCCCGUGUCUGGCACAGGAACCGUGUGGUCUGGAGCUCCACCACUUUCUCUGAAGUAACUUCUGAGCCAUUGUUCCCACCUGGGCGACGCUGCCUGGUUUUAAGUGCCCCCUGUUAGUUUUUAACAACUGCAUAACUUGACACUUGCUGAUCACAGAACCAUACCCAGUCACUUCAAAGGCAAGUAAUCAGCUUCCAGACAAGGCAACGUGACUGUUAAGACUUGCACAGGGUGUGGAGGACCCCCAAAAGCAUUCUCAUGGACCUCUGAAAGCCCUGUGCGUAUUCUCUGCUUCCAUCUGCCCCCUCAGUGAUACAGGUCUUCCACCCUUACAGCCCAAGCCUAAAGGGGCAGGUGUGGGCUCAGACAGCAAAGGACCCUAUAAAUCCCCAUAUAUUUAGUUCUUAUCAGGGCUGCAUUGAAGGCCCAUCAGAAGCCUGCCUCUCCUUAGCAGUGUGGUGUGGUUGGCUGGGAUGUGGAGCCCCACUCUGACCUGCCUAUAGCUUGGUUUAUCCAAAUGCCAAAGACAAGGAGAGGGGAUUGACUUGGGUUUUGUAAUUCUUGUGCAGGUAACGACAGCCAAUCUCCACAGAGCGAGUUAGUAAAGGUGAAGAGUGUCAAGAGCUUAUUGUCUUUAAGCAGUUUCAAGUGUGAAUGAGGUGUUUGGCCAUAUCUCUCCUACCCCCUAUGCAAUUGUUAUUCUCAGGUUGCAGCUCUGCAAUCCUAUAUUCCCAGAUAUUGUACUGGAAGUGGAGGCUGCAGCACCCACAGGGACAGGAGGGUGAGCUCUCAGCUUCCUCUAGAGGAAAAAGGGAGGUUUUCUUAGAAAGUGGGAAUCACACUGGGGAUUGGAGCCUUCUCGUUUGGAAAGUUGGGGAGGAAAGCUGUGGGGGCAGGAAGGCAGUUCAGCAGAGACAGAACGUACCCAUGAACUAACGUACGUCUUGCUGCAUGGUGGGAAGGAGCUGCAUAAACAGGAGAGGAGGGUGUUGGAAUUUGGCUACAAUUUCCAACUCGGAUUUCAGUUCCUGCUAAGUGAGCACGGCUCCUAAUAGCUACAUUCAGGGUUUAAUGCAGGGAUCCACCCGCAGAACUUGGAGGCACCGCUUUAAAUAGCGACCACGUAGGAGGCAAGAGGGGACAGUUGAGUUGAAAAGGUGUCUCUGUGAUCACCAGGUCUUUGCUUAGAGACCUGGCCUCGAUCCUGCCCGAUUUUAGCAAAGUUCUGUGAUGAAAUUUUCAUUUGGUUUCGGUGGGAAGAGCUGGGAUCAGGCCAGGUGCUGUAGCAGCAAAGACCACGGUGAUGGUGCAGUGAGUGUGGCAUCUGCUCCGUGGGGCUGGUGACAGCUCAGCCACCCCUGGGGCACCCAGGCUGCCCCACAGAGCACCCUGGAUUGGGCCUGACCCUCUUGGCCACCUCCUCUGCUCCAAAAUCCUGCUGGUGGUGCCCUAAGAAGGUUUCUGGCACGUGCCUCCGUGGGUUUCCUGCAAGUGUCCUCUCCCCCUUGGUGGCACAGAACCACCACGAAGAACAAGCUCAAACCAAAAAGACAAUCCAAGCAUUUUAGCACAAAAAAUAAAUUAAAAAAAAAAAAAAAAAAAAAAGCUAACACAAACCAGAAACAACAACUUGCUACCAAUGUUCUUGCAUUGAACUAAAAUAAGAUCCCUCUGUCAUUAGAGGUCUUGAUUCAUCAAUGGGAACCAAACAGAGAUCUACAUCUUUGAAUGUCUCAGUCAACAUAUCACCUCAGCAUGCAUACAGUUUUAUUUGUAUUCAUUGGUUCUGUGGGGAAAAUUGUGUAUUCCCCUUGUUUAGUCAAUGAAAA